AUGAUGGCAAAGAUCACUGUGCUUUUCUUUGACUUCACAAAGACGGAGCAUGGCCACUAUUGCUUUGCUGUGGCGUCCGAACGACUCAUCGCGCGUGUACGUCUCGCUGCCUGCAGCGUCAUGUUGCGUCAAGAUAUUGGCUGGUUUGACAUGCCGGAAAAUGCUUCAGGAGUAUUUCUCGCUCGUCUGUCCAGCGAUUCUACCACGCUGCUGGCACUGACUUCGGAGACACUGAAUCGACUAAUGGUGACCGUGUCGACUCUGGUGAUUGUGUUUGCAGUCUGCUUUUACUUCAGUUGGGUGUUGACUCUCAUCCUCUUAGCGGUGGCCUCUCUGGGCAUGGAGCAAGAGCUGAGCUCCAAGUACAAAGAGCUAUUGGAGGUGUCCAAGCGCACCGACACAAGAGGUGGACUUGUGUCGGGGGCGGCGCUCGGCUUUUCGCUUGGGAUGGUGCUACUCAUUGCAGCACUUCUCUUCUACGUAAGUUCGCGGUGGAUCUCACACGGCACCAUCACGUUCGAAGACAUGUUCGUGAUGCUCAUGGUCCUCUCACUCAGCUCCUUCUCCAUCGGCUCUGCAGCACAAGGAGCUACCGAUCCUAAGAGAGCGCAACAGGCAGCAGAGAACAUUUUCGAGAUCAUUGAUCGCGUCCCAGUAAUCGACGCUCUGUCGACCGACGGCAAAACGUUUUCGUCGGUCAAAGAGAGUCUGGAAUUCCGUGACGUGCAGUUUGCUUACCCUCUUCCGUGGCUUCGUGAUCGUAUAUCACUCGUGGGUCAGGAGCCUGUUCUCUUUGCCAUGACAACUGCUGAAAAUGUUGCGCUCGGCAAACUCGAUGCAACUCGAGAAGAGAGAUCAUUCAAGCUGUUCAAGACGCCAGAGCACUGGACUUUAUUCGCAACCUACCGGAGGUUUGAAACCAACCGUAUUGCGUUGGCACGUGCUAUCGUUCGAGAUCCAGACAUCCUACUGCUCGACGAAGCGACAAGUGCUCUGGACAACGAGAUCGAAAGGAUCGUGCAAUACUCUCUAAACAGGUUGCUCAAGCUCAAACAACGCACGACGCUCAUCAUCAGUACCCACGAUGAAAUGGUGCAGAAUACAGAAGGUAGAUACAGGCAACUACAAACCAACUAA